UUUUUUUUUUCUACAUAUAUUUAUAUUUUCCUUGUUAUAAAGAUGACAACCCUAAAUGAAGAGGAUGCAGCAAUUAUUAAUUCAACCGUGAAUUCACUUUAUAAAGUAAUCACGGCUAUUCCUGGAUCCCAUCAUACACUCUUGUAUCUUAAAAAUGCAUAUCAAGACGACCCUUUCCGAAUCGCACUAGAGUUAUUUCUCGUAUUUUUUGCUAUUCGUUACAUGCUCUCAGCCAAAUACAAACCUCAUGACAAUGCUGUCAAACUCACUGAAAAGGAAAUAGAUGAUCUAGUGGAAGAAUGGCAACCCGAACCUCUGGUGCCUCCACUCACAAAAUUUGAUCGUUUCAAUUUGACAAAGACGCCAGUAAUUAUGGGAGCUCAAUCCGUUAAGCCUAAAGUAGCAGGAUAUGCCAAACCUUUGAUGAACUUGGCGACGACGAAUUACUUGAAUCUACUUGCUGCUGACACAAUUCGAGAGAAGGCGAUCAGUACACUACGCGGAUACGGUGUGGGAUCCUGUGGACCGCCCGGUUUCUAUGGUACGAUUGACGUGCAUAUGGAUCUUGAACGAGACAUUGCAGAAUUCCUUGGCUCAGACGCAGCGAUUAUUUAUGCACAGGGAUUCUCGACUAUUUCUUCCGUGAUCCCAGCCUUUUGUAAACGGGGGGAUAUUCUGGUCUGUGACGAAGGUGUUUCUUUUGCGAUUCAGAAGGGUAUUCAAAUCUCUCGUUCGUUGGUGCGUUGGUAUAAACACAACGACAUGGUGGAUUUGGAACGUAUUUUGACGGAAAUCCAAUUAGAAGACGUCUUGCAUAAAAAGCGUCUCACGCGUCGAUUUAUUGUUUCCGAGGCGCUUUCUGCUAAUUUUGGCGAUAUUGCUCCUUUACCUAAAUUGAUCGAAUUAAAGUACAAGUACAAGUAUAGGUUAGUUUUGGACGAAUCACAAUCUAUUGGGGUCAUCGGAAGUCGUGGUGCGGGACUCACGGAUCUCUUUGAGAUUCCUGCUACUCAGGUAGAUAUGAUUGUAGGCUCCAUGGCCAACGCUCUAUGUGCAUCGGGUGGAUUCUGUGCAGGCUCUGAAGAGAUUGUGGAUCAUCAACGGUUAUCGGGUCUUGCUUAUUGUUUCUCAGCCUCGAUUCCAGCCAUGUUGGCUGUAGCUGCCAGUGAAGCCAUCGCGGUGAUCAAGCAGCAUCCAGAACAAUUAGCCGAACUCUCUCAACGUGCAACCUCGUUCCGUCAAAUACUUUCUCACAAGGCCCUGGCACCUUAUAUUCAACUUUUUUCAGGUGAUCUACAGAAUCCCGCACCGUUCUUUCAUAUACGUAUCCACCCGGAUUUUUUACAGACGGAUACGACCCGACAAGAGCAAGAGUAUCUUUUGCAAGACGUGGUAGAUGAGUGUGCAUACCAAGGUGUGUUGGUUACAAGAGCUCAUUAUGUCGAGGAUCAAGAACGUCAUUGUCCUAGUCCAAGUAUCAAGAUUAGUGUGACUAUUGGUUUGACUCUGAAAGAAAACGACAAAGCUGCCAAUAUCAUCAAAAAUGCUAUUCUAAAGCUCUUUAGCAAAUGGCGCAAAUGAUACAUUGUGUUGGGGCGGGCUUCUUAUGACGCAUUAAGAAUGGCGUAGUAUAACGUUUCAGAAAAGAUUGUUCUGGGUGCGUGUGAAAUCCUGCAAAUUAAAAAUAAACAAGAUGUAUUCCAGUUGUGUGUGUGUGUGUGUGUAUUUUUUUGUUUUGUUUUAGUGUGGGGUAGAG